CGGAGCCAAACGGCACUGAUGAAGCCGAGUUUUGCUGAUCUUCCGACAGUUCUUCUAGAAAUUAUAAUGUCUCAACUUGUGUUAAAAGAUAACAUCCGUGCAUCUGCUGCUUGCAAGUCAUGGCUCGAAGCAGCAGUAUCUGUUCGUGUAGUGGAAAAACAUCCUUGGAUUUUGUAUUUCCCUAAACAUGGCCACUUGUUUAAACUCUGCGAUCCACUGACAUGGAAGUCAAACCCUCUGAAACUACCAGAGCUAGCUGGAUCAACUGUGUGUUACUCAAGAGACGGCUGGUUACUUAUGCAUAGAUGUGAAUCACAGGACACUUUCUUCUUCAACCCGUUUUCUAAGGAGCUCAUAAGCUUGCCCAAGAUUGACCUGUCUUUUCGGGAGAUUGCGUUCUCUUGUUCUCCUACAUCCGAUGAUUGUGUCGUGGUAGCGAUACACUUUGCUGUCAGUAUCAGCACUUGCUGUCCAGGAGCAACUGAGUGGUUUACUAAGCAUCACAUUAUUUUUCCACCGUUUCAAACGCAAAGCAGACCGUUUCAUAAGCAAAGCACGCUUCUAUAUGUCGAUGAUCAAUUCUAUGGCUUUAACGAAGCGAUAGGCUGCUUGUAUUCCUUUUACCCAUAUUCCCGAAGACUGUAUGUUCAUUCUUCUGCAUGUAUCGAUCGUUAUCAGCAGUCAAGUGGGUGCCAAAAAACAGUUUUCUUGGGAGAGAAGAAAGGAGAGCUCUUUCUCAUAUGUACAAGCGGUAACGAGAAGCCAUUAGUCUACAAACUAGUCUCGUGGAAAUGGGAAGAGAUGAGUAACGCUAUGCUUGAUGGCUUGACAAUCUUUGUCAGUUUAUACAACUCUGAGUUGAGAACUAAUCUGCCAUGGAUGAGGAACAAUCUCUACUUCUCAAGGUUUGGUUACAAUCGCAAGCGUGCGUCCUACUCGUUUGAUGAAGACAGGUACACUCCGCCUAUGAAAUGGAACAGGUGGUUAGAACUUUGUCCUCCUCAAUGCGUCUGGAUUGAUCCACCGAAUAACGUUUUAGACAUUUGUGAGAGAGCUUUGCAUGAAAUCUGA